GACAAAUCAAACAACAAUUUUAGCCAAUAAGGAUACGAUAUGUUCCUCGGCUCCGGUUGGGGGCGGAACUUGCCAACGUUUGUUGUGGAAAAUGUCAUUCGUGAGACGAGCCAUGAUAACUGCGUCAAAGUCAAAAGUAUUGAGCCUUGCAAGGGCAUCUACUCUUCUGAGCAAUCUCAAUGUGAGCCAUCAGUUACACCGGCCUCCUCAAAACCCCUUGCCCCUUUACACAGCAGGGUUUCAGCGUUUCAGCAGCGCCUCAGCCCAGGAGAAGCCAGCUGUGUCCGGUCCAGCUGAAGAUAAAAUACAUCUCACUGAGUCAUGUGUGAAGAGACUAGGGGAAAUCAUGGGGAACGGGGAGUACCUGAGAAUACAUGUAGAGGGAGGAGGCUGCUCUGGGUUCCAGUACAAGUUCUCUGUUGUUAGUAACAAGAAUGAAGAUGACAGCUUGUUUGAGCAAGGAGGAGUGGGCGUUAUCGUGGAUCAGGACAGCCUGGAGUAUGUGAAAGGAGCCACUGUGGACUUCACCCAGGAGCUGAUCCGCUCCACUUUCCAAGUGCUCAAAAAUCCUCAAGCUGAUCAUGGCUGCUCCUGUGGCAGCUCCUUCUCUGUCAAACUAUGACCUUGUUUCCCUGCUUCCCUGUGUCAAUAUUACUUAAAACCCUGAUUUACCAGUUUAUUAGAAUAUUAGAGACACUUGUUAAUAUAAUUCAUUCUAACUAUUUCAGCCUAAACAAUUGCCAUAGAGAUUCUUCAACACCUUUCUGACACAAUGUCAACAAAAACUUGACAUAGAUAAAGAUAGAAUUUAUUAUAUGGUUAUAUUACGGAUUGCCUAUAACAGUAAACAGGUACCUAAUAAACUGGUAACGCAGGGCAUAAUGUGAUAUUGGACUUUCUGAUACAUUGAAUUCUUAAUUUCAGUCACUAAUAGCUACACCUAGUGUCACAGAGAAACCGGCCGAUAAUCAUUUUCCUAGAAAAACAGGGUGUUUGUUUUUAGGUGUGAAACUACUUGAACGGGAUGAAAGGCAGAGGUAUUGAUUAAUCAUUGUGCUGUUUUGCAGUUAAUGAGUGGAGAAUGCUCACUGACCGCUUGUUCAUGUUAGUCAUCUGUGAUUUGUCAUGUAUUCAAACAACAGUGCUUAGAUUUGCCUUUGUGUGUAAAAUAUGUAAAUAGACAUAUCUAUGAAGAGCUAAGAUGUAUUAUUUGUUUCACAUAAAAUAAAACAGUGAAUUUCA